UUGCGCAGCAACAACAAACAGUAGAUGAUGAUUCUAAGGUUGAUAUUUGAAUGUAAAUGACUGAUAAUAUGGGCUGAACCAGACAAUUCUUACGUCUUAUAAAUAUAAUACAACAGCGACACAGAAUGUCCAGAAAAUCUAGCAGUAGACCCUCUUCAGGCAGGAGGGCUUCAUCUGCAGAAUCCAAGAAGGAAGAUUUAAUUUAUGAAUGCAAAGCGGCUUAUUUUACUGUGUUUGAUGACACAGAUGAUAAAAUUACAUCUCGAAGUAAACUCCAGCAGGUUCUUCAGCAAACAGGCAGAAAUCCUUCAAAGCGAAUUUUGGAUAAAUAUUGGAAAGAAGAAACAACUGCCUUAACAUUUGAUGACUUUUGUCACAUUUGUGAGAAAAUUCCUGUCACAUCAGAAGAUGACUUGAUGAAAGCUUUCAAGAAGAUUGACCUAAAUGGAGAUGGCUUCAUAACACACAAAGAAUUGCUCAAGGUUUUAACUACAAAAGGAGAAAAGAUGACAGAAUCAGAGGUGAAGGCCAUGAUAGAAGAAGUAGAUGAAAAUAAAGAUGGAAAAUUGGACUACAAAGAGUUCAGCAAGAUGCUCUCAACCACGGAAGAAUGUAAGAAAGUAGCCAAACAGAAGCUCGAGAGAAAAAUGAAAAAUCCAAAGAAAUCAAGUCAAAUGGCAUCAGAGAAGGAGAAAGAAAAAGAAACUGGUAUGAAUACAGUUCAAGAAUAUGAAAAGGCAAAACAACCUUACGUAGGAAUAAACACCUAUAUUUUCAGAAAACAAAUGGAAAAAUCAUGUCAAAGAUAUGCUUUAAUAUUAUUUUAUUAUUUUGUGGAUGUACGUCAUUUUGCAGGAGAAGAGACAAAGUCUGUUGAAGACACAAACCAUACAGAAGGCAGUACAGCUGAAAAAGAUUCUGAGCAAGAGAAACCCAGAGAAGUUGAGAAACAGCCAGAUGAGGAUAAUAAGAACCAGGAGAUACCCAGCACAGGAUCACAAGCAUCACUUACGUCUUUUAAGGAUGGCGUCAAGAGUGAUAAAGAGGAUUCAAAGAGGAUUGGGUCCCAUACCUCCUUAAAAUCUCUGAGUCAAAAAAAUGAUAAUGAUAAUACCAAGAAAAUGGGAUCACAGGUUUCACUUAGAUCAGAAGAGAAGAAGAGUGAUAAAGAGGAUUCACAGAGAAUGGGGUCUCAGACCUCUCUUAAAUCUGUGACAAAUGGUGAUAAAGUGGAUUCCAAGGAAAUGGGAUCACGUGCAUCAGUACGGUCUGCUAAGGGCGAUAAGAAGAAAGAAAAGCUAUUAGUCAAGAAAAGUGGGUCCCAAACUUCACUUAGAAGUGCAACAGGAGAUGAGAAGCGAAGUACUGGUGAAAACCCAGAACAAACUUCAGAGAGAACCAAGAAUGUUAAAAAUACGAGGCCAGACAGUUCCCCUUUAAAAUCAAAACCUAUAAAGGCAGCUAUAGAGAGACCAAGUCAAGGUGUCAGUGAGGCAGGCUACUCUGAAGAUUCAGACAACUGUGACAUUGUAGUGCCUGGAAAGCAAUCAAAAAAGGUUACCCCACCAAAGCCCAAACCAAGAAAACUCAGCCUAGACAUGGCUAAGUUGGACUCUGAGCCCUUGACAGACCAACCUAAACCCUCACCAAGAACUAAGAAAGUAGAGGAAAAAACAAUGCCCCCAGUUGCAAAUCUGAAGACCAGACUGCAAGAGCCAAAGAAACUAAGUGACUGGACCAAGUUACACAGCAAGGGUUGUUUCUUCCUUGAAGAGGAUGGAUCCAUCAUUAGUCAUCAGUACACGCUCAAUCUUACCUGUGAAACUAGUGUUUGGUUUACUAUAGAACCAGUAGUUCUUCACCCAGAUGAGGACAGGAAGGGCCCCCCUGUGGACACGGCUCUGUUCAUUCUUAGAGACAAACCUGACUCUGCUGGCCACAGACUGGUCACUUUUACAGAGCAGAGAGAUACCAAAGGGAAAUACUGUGUGCGAUGUGAUUUGAAAAAAGGCAAGUAUAGUUUACUGCCUUUCACUACUGGAUGCAGGCUGAGGAAGAGGAAAACUGCCCCCAAAGCAGAGACCAAACUGAUCAGGAAGGACCCGGAUGACAAAUAUGUGUUGACCAAAGCAUUUAGGGAUGUUCUGUCUGACAUAUUUGAAAUGGCUGAUCUGGAUGGAAAUGGGUUGCUAAGUCGGAGUGAGUUCAACUUGUAUAACGUGAGGACAAGUGGUGAGGAGGUGGCUGAUGAGGAGUGGGAGGUGGUAGAAGACAAUGUUGAAAUCAAGAAAGGAGAACUUACCAGAAAAGGCUUUGUUGAUCUCAACCAGAUGGAAGCAGAUGACAACGAGGGUGAUACGGAGGACUUGUGGGUAACCUUGCAGAGCAUGGGAUACAACAAGGAGUUAAUUUUGGAUGAGGCGUGUCCCUUUUUGAUGGAAGUAUACACAGAGGACUGCUCAGAUGCAGAGCUCAAAGUGGCUGGUAUCAAAGAUGGAGGUUCUGCAUUAGAUUCAGCUGUCUGCCAAUCUGUUGUCAGCAAGGGUGAGGCCAACAGGAUCAAAAGUACGAGAGAUGUGUUGGUCCAUUCUUAUACCAGCAAUCAUAGGGUGUCACUUGUGAUAGAAAAUAAGACGUCUAGCAAAACCUUGGUGAGGCUGGACUGCAGCAAGAGUACAAACAGCAGCACAGACAGGCCUAGUCUGGAGUGUGAUAUUGAUGUACCAGCUGGACAACUUGUUCAUGGUCAUCACAUUCUACCAACAGAUGAGAGGAAGGAAUGGUUCUUUCACUGUGCUGAAUCUAUACUGAAAUAAUCUCUUUAGCUCCAUAGGACAAAUAUAACAAUAAAAUAGCAGCUCUCAAUUAUUUAGCUUCAGCAUUUCUCCAGCUCAAGUUGAUUUUACCCAAGGCAGCCUUGAUAGGUUUUGUUGAAGAUCCUGAAUUGUUUUGUUUUAUUCUCAGUCAUAUGGUAACCCACCUUCAUUGUUAAUGUCAUUAUAAUAUCAUUCAGAAUAGUCAAUACAUAUUUGUAUGUGUAUGACUCUGUAAUUGGCAUAUGCUUGUGUGCUAUGUUUUUGCAUAUUGCUCAGUCUUAGAAUCAUCCCAUCAUGACAUGCAGCACAUCUUUUAUAUAGGAAUAGAGUGAAUUAAUAGCAUUAAGAGGUGGUUAUGUAGUUUUAGCUUCAUAAUCCUGGAUGGAUAUCUGGAAAUGAAGAAGCUGUCACACAACAAAUCUGAAGCUCAUGGCUUAUAUAUUUAUAUAUUUGUGACAAAGGAAAUAUUCUGCUGCAAGUUUCAUGUUACACACAGCAUGUAUAUAUCACAGAAGUGUUAAAUAGGUAGAAGGGGGACCAUAGCUUUAAAUGCUUGUUGACCCAUUAAUGACUGAUUUAAGUAUGCUGAAUGCAUAUAAUUAAGAUAUUUUGUUUUUCACCUUCAGUGUUACUUUGAAUUACAUUGUCAGACUCUGCAAUUUGUUUACCUUUAAAAAGGACUCAAAUGGUUCUGCUUUUUGUAUUAGGUGCAGAAAUUGAAUGGUACUGGAGUAACAAAUGUAAGGAAAAUUUAGUGCGUCAUUUUAUAUUUGAAAGUAUUGAAAAUUGGAAGGUGCAUAUUUUCUUCCUAGGAUAUACAGUCAUAAAGGCUUUGAAUCUUUUCUGGAAUUUUUUUUUUUGUUUUCACUCUUUUGUAGGAGUUUCAGUACAUUUUGGUGUAAAUAAACUAUUUUUACCACAUGACGUGUUAAAUUUUUGAAUUAAAAAACAUUUUCACCCAUUCUUUUUCCAUUUGAGAUGGCAACCAUUUUGAAAAAAAUUUGUUUAUCACAAUACCAACCCUGAUAAUGGCUACCUCUAUUAUGACAAAGUUUUUUGCUUGACUUUGUAUAUGUAAAAUUUUAUUAUUAUUUUUCGAUGCUAAAAUAUUGGCAGUUUAAAAACUGUCUCUAACAAAUAUGUAUGUAAUAGGAUAGAUGAGCAUAAUAUGAAGUUUCAUCUUUAAACAAUCAGGCACCUGUUUUUUCACAUGUUGCACUUGUACUCGUCUGUACAUCACCUAACAAUCGUACAAUAAAUACUACAUCAUAUUAUCACAUUACAAUGAUCGUAACAUAAAUACUUUUCAGUUACUGAGUCAAACUUUUACAGUGCUCCAUUUCCCACAAAUUACAAGGAGUAACAGGACAAUCUUACCUCCUCAUGUCAAAUUAAAACAUGAUUUGCCCUUAAAUACCAUACCUAUAUCACUAAAUAUAUAACAUGAAUGUGAGCUGUGAAUUUUGAAUUCCUUGGUGAGUGGUUUCUACACAUUUGCAUGAAAGAAAAAUUCACUUUUGACUGUGCACAUGCAGAAUAUUCCAGCUAUCAUAUAAUAACUAAAAAUCUGACAGCUUGCAUGCCUAAAAUUACAAUGCAAUAGCAAUAAUGUUACUGCAGUAUUACUAUCUCCCAAUGGAGUUCUUGCCACUGUUGGGAGUAGCUGACAAACUUACUAUACUGUUGCAAGUGUUUAAUCAUUUACUUCAUUUAUUUCAUGGUUUUCAUGAAGGGUUUAUUAUUUCAACCUUUCUGAUCAAUUUUACAGUAAUUUGAAAUAAUGACAAACUGAGCAAAAUAAUUUAUAAUAAAGUGAGAUUCUGAUAAAGGAAAUCAGCAUGUCGAUGAAGACAAAGAUGCAUGGAGGAAUUGCUUUGUUUUCGACUAGUGUUUGACAACAGGUUUUGAAGAAAUUACACAUUUAAAUUAAUUAAAUAAUAAAAUAAGUAAAUCUAGAAAGAUAAGAUCAUAAUUUUUCAAGUAUUUGGGACAAAUCAUUAGAGCAAAAUACUAGCUGAAACAUAUUUUGAUUGUUUUAAAAUUUUUCUCUUAAUCCUUUCAAAUUCGCACUCAAAAUGGGAUCCUUGUGA